UUGAAAAGAGAUGCCACAGAGGGACAUCUCCUUCACGUAGUGAAACCACCAGUCACAAAAGGUGAGAGGAAGAAUAAAUGCUCAAGGAAUAGAGGGACUUCAUUGCUGGACUCUACUUUCCAAAAUCUGCACUUAAGUGACCCUCUGGAUAAGCAAGUGCUUAGUUCUUCUAAAAGCUCCGAAAUAACGUUUAAGGCACUCCUGUGAAAACCACAUUGGACUGCACCUGAAACAGAUGCACACAUUUUUGUCUCACAUCAUGACCGGCAGCAGGGUUUGCAAUUUCUGGAUUAUGUGGCCAUCCACACCAUCAGUUUUACUGGCCUUCCUCCUUUUGUUUUGGGGGGCUUUCUUUGCACGCAGUAACCCCAUCAGCUCACCAGAGAAGCUCCGCACUGCUCCGGGGUUGGAUGAUGGGAAUGGAGGUGUUGUGGAUCCCUCACUACUGGAGCAGGACAGUAAAGUGGACAUGAAAAGCAUGCUGGACAACCUGAAGGGGCAGUUUCUACGCACCUUCAAUCUGUCAGGUGUCCCUCCACCCGUGCACAUGGGGGCCUCUCGCGUGGAGCCCCCCGAGUACAUGCUGGAGCUGUACAACCGAUUCGCCAAUGACCGAACAUCCAUGCCUUCCGCAAACAUUGUACGCAGCUUUAAAAAUGAAGACUCCUCCCUAUCCAGCGUGGGACCUGGUGGGGUGAGACAACACCCACUUCUCUUCAAUGUGUCCAUCCCACACCACGAAAAGGUCACCACAGCUGAACUUCGACUCUACACCCUGGUCCAAACAGACCGCAACAAAUAUGCUGGUGUUGACAGAAAGGUGACCAUAUAUGAGGUGAAACCCCGUGAAACAAACAACAGUCGUCCAAUAAGAGGGGACGAUAUCGAGAGAGAAGACACAAAUGUGCAAGAUGAAGAAACGGAAUUAGUGGAGUUGGCGUCUCGACAGGUUUACGGCACGGAUAACAGCUGGGAAUCCUUUGACAUGACUGCUGCGGUGCACCACUGGCGAUCUGAGUCAGACUAUGGCACCACCCACAGGCUGGAGGUCCACAUAGCAAGUUUAAAUUCUCAGAGUGCUUCUGAAGGUGAAAAUAAGGGCAAUGCUAUAGAGGGGGACAUGGACAUUGACACCAACCUGGAGGAUAAACAUAAACCCUUAAUGAUCGUCUUCUCUGAUGACCAGAGUGGAGACCACCGUGGAGACAAGCGAGAACUGAAUGAACUCAUCCAGCAUGAGACUGCUGGGCGUGGCCUUCAGGACAACCUUGGCCUGGAGAUGACCGGUCUCUGGGAAGACUCGGGAAGUAUGGGAGAAAAAGGUGAGAAUGAGGAAGGAGAGCCGAGUGAGGAAGCUCUCCUACAGAUGCGCUCCAACCUCAUCUACGACACAGCGUCCAGAAUUCGACGCAACGCCAAAGGCAACCAGUGUAAAAAGAACCCACUCUAUGUAGACUUCAAAGACAUUGGUUGGGACAGCUGGAUUUUGGCUCCAGCUGGUUAUGAAGCAUACGAGUGUGCAGGGUUGUGCACUUACCCUCUGACCAACCACGUUACACCUACAAAACACGCCAUUGUGCAAACUCUGGUCAGCCUGAUAAAUCCGCAGAAGGUCGCUAGGGCUUGUUGUGUGCCCACUAAGUUAGAUCCCAUCUCCCUGCUCUACCUAGAUGAUGCAGGUGUGGUUACAUAUCAGUAUAAAUAUGAAGGCAUGGUGGUAGCGGAGUGUGGAUGCAGAUAGUAUUUAAUGGACAUGGAGAAAUUGGUUCAAAGCUUAGAAGUUGGACUGGAAGGAGAUAAAAGGACAUUUAUUGUCUUAGUACCAGCCAGAACUAUGGCACUACAUACCAAGUUUCUUCCAAGUAGUGUUGGUGGAUAAGCUAUCACUCCUUACCUUAACGCAAGAGUCACGGAAUCAAUUGUGGAAUCAAGGGUGUUGCCACAGAGGACUUAAUUGGAACCAUGUGACAAGGGGCACAAUGCAAACUUUGGUGGGAAUGGUGACCAUUUCAUUCUCGUUGAAGGAUUGGGUGGAACGUAAGUCAGUAAAUGAACCCCUGACACGCCUCAAGAUCAGCCAGGAUAAAUCCCCUGUUCUUAUCAGUAAAGACUGAAGUUUAAGUUGGAGAUUGUAUCAACUAGGACUCCUUGCAUACUUGGCCGUAGCGUUUGCGUCAGCAGAGUUCUCGCUAAGUGGGUGUUUCAUAGAGAUGGCAGCACAUGUUUGUGAACUCAAGCACCACGGGGUCAGUCUGGUGACCCUACCAGAGACAAGAAGCCUGUGAAACUGCCCGUUUCCAUUUUCCACAAAGCUCAGUAUCGUAUCUGCCGUGACACCGCCGAGUCAAUACGCAGCUUCCUGCCUAACAGAAUGCAUUUGAUAUGAACUGUCCAAGUUAAAGUGAAACAGUCACCAGAAGAAUCUUGUAAAGACCAGAACGGACCGGUCUGGACUUCCGAUUCUGCCUGAGAACAUCUACUGUUCUGGAUUUUAACAGGUUUCAGCCAGUAUUCCAAAAGUUUCACUCUAAACACCAAGCAACUAAAAGAUAAUCUUAUAAGAGCUGUCAACCUUGAAACGUUUAAUUCCUGUAGGCCAUUUAAACAUUUUAUCCGAAUGUAUGACUCAUCAUCCACAUUCUGCCAUGGAAUUGACUUGCAUAUAAGUUCAUCAUUUACUGACUACAAGCACAGAUGCUGAGAUAUGAGAAUUGGGGAGUUGAAAGAGGACGCAGAGAGUCACACUUUGGUUUGUCUUACUUGUUGGUUUGUCUGACUAUUGUUGACAGCAUCAAUAAGUGACGAGGGGGUACUGGGGGGGUACAAGCCCCACCUUCUGCUCCACAUGCCGUGCGAGCUGCUCUCCCACCCCUGUGCUGAGCUGCGAUAAGGAGGUGUCAGGAUUGAGGAACAUGUGUUUGGUACUCAGAGCUUGGAAAACCAAUAGCGUUUCCAGACUGCAUGGAAAGUGGGGGAGGGAGCAUAGAAAAUUCUUCGGAAUGAGAGGGCAGUUUUAUAUCAUAUCCAAUAGUGACCCCAACCUACCCUAAGAAAAAAGAUGCAUAUUUCACCCCUCCCAACUGCUUUACUGAGACCACCUUAAAAUGUUCUCCUAUGCCUCAAGGCAACAAAUCCCCUGUUGGACCCUUAUCACUGUCAGGCCAAAAGGAUGAAUGGAAACUGUCUCGCAAGGUCAUCCCCACUCCAGAUACACUCCAUAGGACUUUUCGGUCAUUACAAUGUCUGAUAAUAUCUGUCAGGAUGUUUCCCAUGCCUGAAACAUACUUCACAUGACUAGCUUCACAUAACUGACAUCACCUUUACUAUCUGACUGUGUAAAAUAUGAUUUGUGCUCUGCUGCUUGGAUUUACGAGAAAGCUUAUUUAUUGAUUAAUUUAUUAAUUUUUUAUUAUUAUUAUUUAGGUGACCUUGUAUAGCAAUACUGUACAUACGACUAAGUACACUAUACAGCGUACGUUUUGCAAAGAAUAUGUGUAUACGAGCAUAGAAAUUAUUUUUAAAUUAAACUUAAUGUUAAUUGUGAUAAUUUAUCUAGUGUGUGUUGUACAGUACUCAUCAAUGUUGAUUUCUGUUUAUCAAUCACUUCACAAGCACUGACGUCUUGUUAGGAUUUGUAUAUAGUUUGUUGAUCCUCUGGUCCCUUGCACCCAGACACCCCAAAAUAGAUUUAGCCACGGUCAGUCAAGAGCUCGCUGUUUAGACAUUGGGUUUGGGAGCAAUUCAUAAAUUUUACUUCCCAUUGAAGACCAGCAGCGCAAAGGCCCAUAGUUUACAUACUGUAUGUCAAACAGGUCAUUCAUGGAAAGCUGACUGGAAACUAAUGACCACACAGGCUCAUCCGGACAGUGGCUUGAGCCUGUGCAGAUGCGUUUAAUUCUUUUAAUAGAUUUUGGGGUGGGAGGAUUUAAAAAUUAAGAUUUGUGAAGAUGUUAAAUAUGCUUUGGUUGAAUUGUAAAAA